GGAAAAGAAAAGGGAAAGACGAGCCCGAGGCGUUGGCAGACGCCGCCAGGCCUCAUGGCUUCCUUCCUUGUCGGAACUAUCCAUGAAGUCCACAUCUGACCCUUCGGAUGCCUCUCUCGCGACGAUGCGGCGGCGAGUCUCGUCGAAGAGGGGCAGCCACUGACGAUAGACAGGUAGGGCGAAGGCGAGAUGGGAAGGAAAGGGCAUCCCUCAUAAUGGUUGACAAUUUAUCCAUCUUGUGUGUGCAGGGCGGUUCACGUCGACUGGAGACCAGUGGCUUAAGACGAUGUCGAGCACAUACGACGGAGCCGACCUGACGGCGCGUGUCGAUUCGCGUAUCAGAGAAUACGCAGAUUCUGUUCUGCGGGAGCGCGCGGCUUUUGUUCUGCAAGAGUGUCUGAGGAGCCCGAGAACGGACACAAUUACGCAGGGAAAAGCGCAAACACUAGGUAAGGCAGCUAGCCGACAGGUCAUUAUGGAUCUCUAAUGGUGGUGGUGCUUUAUGGGCGGGUGGCGCGGUGCAGAGGCAUUUCUGGUGCUGGAGGAGAUCCCGGAUGCCGCUCGUGUUGCGAACGUCAUUAGCACAGCUUUGCAGCAGGUCCCGUCAUCUGCAACAGCUGAUGCUGGUCCUACUGCGGUGGGUGUGGCUGGCCGAGAAAAUCUGGCAUGCACACAGAUACGACCUGGCAUGGUGCUCACUUGUGUUUGCUUGUUGGCUCGAUCAGGGGCAGAUGCCGCUAUCAGAGAACAAGCUGCUUUGGUCCUGCAAGAGUGUCUGAGGCGCCCGGCAACGGACAGUGCAAUCACGACAGUAGGUAAGCAGCCAGCCGACAGGCCAUUAUGGAUCUCUAGUGGUGGUGGUUGUGUGGGCGGGUGGUGCGGGGCAGGGGCAUUGCUGGUGUUGGAGGAGAUCCCGGAUGCCGCUCAUGUUGCCAACGUCAUUAGCACAGCUUUGCAGCAGGUCCCAUCAUCUGCUCAGGCUGCUGCUGCGGUGGGUGUGACUGGCCGAGAAAGAGAUACGCACGCAGACAUGACAUGGAAUGAUGCUCACUUGUGUGUUUGGGCCUUUUCCUUUCUUGUCAGGCCGCAUCAGCAUUGUCAAGUUCAGCAGCUGCCAUGCCAUCUCAGCCCUUCCCUCUCACGCCAUCUCUCCCCACCACCACACCCCACCCAUCCGCCCAGGCCCCCGCACUGACUCCCGUGUCAGUGGCCGACGGUGCAGCUGCAGCUGGGUCAGGGGAGAGGGCGGCAGACACACAGGAGGGGGGAGCAGGGCAGAAGGGAGACGACGGGGCGGAGGAGGGGGUGCGUGAGGGGCGGUACCGUGACGACCUGUUGGUAGAGUUGUUUGAGGAGCUCAAGAUAGCCGACCCGAUUCACUACGCGUGGUGUGAGGGGGCUGAUACCUUCACGCGGGUCUACAGUAAGCACCCAGGGGAGGGGCCUGGCUAUCACUCUUAUGCCCAUUUAUCGCUUUGUGCCUGUAUGUGACUGAUUGGCGUGUCAGGAGCCCUGCAUGACGCGAAUGUCGCCAAUCCGAUGAAGGUUCUUCGCAUUGUCGGGAGAGCGCUGGCGCAGCAGGUGGGUGGAUCAACAUGACGCUUUCAUUGCAUCGACGACAGGACUGUUGUUUGUGUGACUCGGACAGACGCAGCCCCCGCACUCCCACCGUCCCACCGACCCGUCUGUGUGUGUGUCAUCCGGGCAGCCGGCAGACGGCGCGGGAGCUGUCGGUGACUCUGAUGACCACGAGGCCAUGCAGUUGGCGAACGAUGAGGCCGCUGAUCCUGCACCGUCGAGUCAUCCUCCCGCCCCUCCCCUGCCACGGCAGCCGCCUGCGUCUCAGGGAGAGCCGGCAGGUGCGAUCAGCCUGGAGGACAUGGAGCGCUUCUGGAGGGAACAAUACACCGCUUUGACGGUAUGUCACAUGUCAUUUGCAACAAGCACCAUGUCAUCUCCUCGGUUGCCUUUUCUUUGUGGCUGGCUGGUUCGAUCAGGGGCAGAUGCGGCCCAUCGCACCGCCCAAUCCUCAGGUACAGACAGGCAGACAGAUAGACAGACAGACAGACGCGCGAAUGAUGAGGAGAGCACCACAUGUUCAAUGACGUGACGACUGUGUCGCUCGUCAGCAUGGUGGUGGCGGUGCUGCUGAUGACGACGACGAGGACAUGGAGCGCUUUUGCUGGGAACGAUACACCGAAUUGACGGUAUGUCACACAUGUCCUUUGAAUCACCAUGUCACUCCUCGGUUGCCUUUUCUUGGUGGCUGGAUCAGGGACAGGUGCCGCCCAUCGCACCGCUCAAUCCUCAGGUACAGACAGGCAGACAGACAGACAGACAACGUGUAUCAUGAGAAAGGCACCACAUGUUCCAUGACACGAUGACUGUAUUGCUCGUCAGGCUGGUGGCUGGGCUUCUGCUGCUGUUGCUGCAUCGAGCGGGCCUCUGCCAGCAGCAUCCACUACAGCUACUCCUGUGGUGGGGACACCUACGCCAGCACACAAAGACACCUGGUCUUCGUGGACGGAUCGUUCAUGCUGUCAGGUCGGGGACUCCUCCGUUCCACCCAUGACACUGUUUCCGCCCGGCCGCGUGUUUUUGGGCCCUCUCCGGCCGCCCCCCUGCCCCUGGCCCUUCGCCCCACCCAUGGCCGUCAACCACAACACUCCAGCUCGACCACCGCACAUCCCCAUGGCGUCGAUCAUGGCGCCUCCUCCUGGCCAGAUGAUGAUGCACCCCUCCGCGGCUGGAGGUGCCCGGAUGAUGCUCCCGAGUGCCACCCGCACAGGCCAGCAGGCACCAUCCGUGCAGACGACCGGCGGGGCACCGACGACUGGGAACGGCUAGGCACGACGCACAUCGCAGCACAGUAGCGGUGGAGGGAGUAGUAAGGGAGCAGUAGAGGCAGGUGGGAGAGGGACGGAGGGAGGAGGGAAGGAUGGAGACUUCGUUGCCUAUGUGUGUGUGUUUUGAGUGUUCAUGUCUGUGGGCUGUGUAAUCGAUUGCGGUGUAUCCACGCGUACGACAAACGCACUCAUCCAUCCAUCCAUGCCCUUCCAUGAGCAAGAGCAAGAGAGAUAGACAGAUGACCGACCCGACGUGCCGUUCCAUUGCCAUGCUGUGAGCCAGUCGAGUCAUCAGACGUGGUCAAGCAGCCAGCACCCCUGGUGGUCGACCGGCUGCGACUGGUGGCGAGACUGGACCACGGAUGGCUGGGUGGCGGUAUGGUGUGUAGGUGAAUUCGCAUGGACUAACUCGUGGACCGUGUAUGCGGACAGACCAAUGUUCGGGCAGUUUUGUCAAUGUCGA